AUGGCACCAGAAUUUCCGUGGCCUCGCAUCGAGAGACUAUAUUCAAAUGUAAUGAGCACCACAAAGUUCAUAGAAUACGGUUGGAUUCAUUUCAAUUGGGAUUUUAAUGUUGAAGGUCUGCUGGA